UCUUGGAAUCAUUUCCAGGCCGGACGCAUGGGCGCCGCUGCUAAUAGUAAUCCAUCCUCCAGCUCCUCCUCCUCCUUCUCGUCCUGGGACUCGUUUCCCUCCGACAUGAGCAGCGGAGAGACGGUCGGCGCGGAAACGAGUCCUCGGCCCAAGAAGCGAGCAGCGUCGGCUGCGCCGCCGUACAUAGGCGUGCGCGCGCGGCUCUGGGGGCGGUUCGCCGCGGAGAUCCGUGACUCGACGCGGGGCGGCGCGCGGGUCUGGCUGGGCACCUUCGACACCGCGGAGGACGCUGCGAUGGCAUAUGACCAGGCGGCGCUCUCCUCGCGGGGCACGGCCACGGUGCUCAACUUCCCUCUAGAGCACGUCCAGGAGUCGCUCCAUGCCCUCGGCGCCACGUCCGCGGGCAUGGACGGAUCGCCCGUUCUGGCGCUCAAACGGCGCCACUCCAAAAGAAGAAGGCGCAGCAAGGUCGGGAUUGCGAACGACGCGGCGACGACCAGGAUGAGGAAGAUCAAGACGAUGGCCGUGCAGGAGCGUCCGGCCAUGGAGCUGGAGGACCUCGGCGCCGAAUACCUCGACGAGCUUCUCAGGAUUACCUGUGGUACAACUUACUAA